CAUUGUUGAAACUACCACCACCAUGGGGGCGGGUUAAGUUGUUCAGAAUCGGAGUUAUCAGCGUUAAAAGGACGACCUUUGACGUGAGAGAUUCUGUCUGAGGAGCCGCCAUCUUGACGACUGCAUCUGUUGACACCGGAGAGUCGACAGACAGAAACAAGCCUUAACAGUGAUGACAGCCUAGAAUUAAGUAGAUUUUAACCGGAUACACACCAUACAUCCUUCCUUCAACAGCAACUACAACUCAGCAGUUUCUAGUUAAAGUUACGAUCCCAACAUAGUAACCAUGGCAUACAGAAGAUUACUUGAACUACAAGAGUCCCAUCAGUCAUACCGCACCCCCACCCCUCCCCCCAACGCUGACACAGUCGACCAGGCACUACUGGCUCUGGAGCGGAAAACCCGCAACCUUCAGCAGGAGGCAAGUCAGGACCGAGAAGUCAGGCGCCACAGACCCCAGAGGCCACCUAUGAACAACAAGAACAGGUACUCAAGAUCCUCUCCCACAGAAGAGGAGCGGGACAGAGCCUUGGACCAGCACGCUGAGCGCAUGUACCACCGCAAACUGCAGACCCAGAUGUUUGGGGAGGACCUCAGCACCUCAAAGCUAUCCAAGAAGCGAGGGAAGAAAGUCCGUGCCCCGGAGAAGCUCCAACAACUCAAGGAGGAGCACCUCAACACCGUGCCAUACAGGCCUGAACACCAGCGGCUCCGAAUGGCGCGCACCACAGCCAUGUUUGGCGAGGACUUGUCUAGGAAGUCUUCAACCCGUAGAGCGCCCGCACAGCCUAGCCUGGUUGGAGCACAGAAGUCUGAGGGAAUGAUGGGAGAGGAGAGAAGGCAGUACCGGAUGUAUCCUGACGAGGAUGAAGAGACCGUCUACGUAACGCUGGAAGAGCUCCACCCUCACAGACGGAAGCAAGCAGCUGCCAUAUUGGACUCUGAGAAAAAUACCACAAAGCUGCCAUCCCUGGCUCCACAGCGCCACAGUCUGACUGGCAAGAGAACUGCAGCAGACAGACCAGCGCUGAAGGAUCCAAAACCUCCGGUCGCUGCAAUGUCUGACAACGCGAUGGUAACACAGAACAUGCAGACCAAGAAGCGAGCAUCCCACCGCAGGACGAGAGACAGCCGGGCCCCGAAGCGGCGCUGUGAGAGUCCCAGUGGUGCCGUUCUCAGCAAACACUAAGUCCUCAGGUCGCCCUGACAUCCCUCAGUGUACAUGUGGGUUAUAAACACUAUACAACUCACAGAUGGUAACUUUGCAAGGAAACCCCUAGAAAACUCUAUUUUCCCUUGGUUGGUCAAAACUUGUAUGAAAUCUAUUGAGAACAUAAAAAGUUAUGUAUGAAUUUAUUCCCGACAGAACUUAAAAAGUUAUGAAUUUAUUCCCAGUUUUGUAAAUCUAUUGAGAACAUGAAAAGUUAUGAAUUUAUUCCAAGUUUUGUAAAUCUAUUAAGAACAUAAAAAGUUAUGAAUUUAUACCCAGUUUCGAAAUCUAUUGAGAACAUAAAAAAGUUAUGAAUUUAUUCCCAGUUUUGAAAUCUAUUGAGAACAUAAAAAGUUAUGAAUUUAUUCCAAGCUUUUGGCCACUGAAGGUGUGUGAUUUGAAAUGAGAUUAGCAGGUAUAAUCCUGCUGUAACAGUU